ACUUCAACUGGCCUAAGUAAACCGAGUGAAGUCAAACCCUCGUGUCUGCGUGGUCAUUUUGAAGAGGAGUUGAGUCUGAAUGUCGACUCUAGCAAGGCGUUAGAGGCAGAGGACAUUACAAUGACCUGAGGAUCGUGCUGUUUGGGAAGACCAGGGUUGGUAAAAGUACUCUAGGAAACAUCAUCAUGGGGAACACAGAGACUUUCACCUCAAAGGAUUCGUCCAAAGAUCGCACACAGAAAUCCCACAGCACUGUGGAAGGUCAAAAAGUGGCUGUUGUUGAUACUCCAGGUCUGUUUAAACCUGGAAAACAUGAAGAUGAGCUGGUGAACGAGAUCAAGCGAUCCAUUGAUCUUGCCAGUCCUGGUCCUCAUGUGUUCCUGCUGGUGCUGAGGUUCGGUAUGAUCACCUCUGAAGAAUUAGAGGUACUGGAGGUUUUUGUGCGCACCUUUGGCAGACGUGCAUUGGCCUACACAACAGUGGUGUUCACCCAUAGAAAUGAAGAUGAAGACUAUGAAGCUAACAUACAGGAGGCUAUGAUCGAGAGUAAGGAUUUCAGAGAACUCAUUGAGCAGUGCCAGUGGAGAUAUUUUGCUUUUAACAUUGAAGACAAAAGUCCUGCUCAGGUCACCGAGCUGCUGAAGAAGAUAACACCGAUGGGAAAAGAUUACUUCUACACUCCUGACAUGCUCCAAGAGGCUGGAAAACCGGACGAGCAGGACGAAAAACCAAAAACAGCAGAAAGAACAGGCAGGCGUGCGCUUCUGGAAAGGACUGGAUUGGUGGGAAUCAUUUUGGGAUCUGUGGGGGGAUAUUUACUUGGAGGUGGUGAGCUGACGUCUACAUCGGGAGCUUUACUGGGAGCUUUAGGGGGUUCAGUACUGUCGAUGGGAACAACAGCUUUAGCGAUGAAGGCCAAAAUGCUCACUGAGAAAUGCUGCAAAAAGUGAGUUUUUAAUUGAUUUAGCUUUUUGUAAAAUGUUUCAAAAACAGAUUCAAACCUUUAAAAAUGAAAGGAAUGGCCACGAUGGCUCGUUACCGUGACGAUUUGACCUGGGCUGUAUUUUCAUCUAAUACCAGUUUGUACCACAUGAUGCAGCAGUGAGUCGGUGUAAUGUUCAUGCAACCAGGUCUCUUUUUCUUUUUUUACCUUUUCAUAUUGUAAGGGAUAUUUGUGCUUUAAGCAACAGGACUAGAUGUUACAAUCCCUGAACAUGCAUUGCUUCAAAUGUAGAAAGUCUUGAGCAAUGACUGUUAUCAUCGUUUUGUGCCUCAACCUCACAAGAUGUUUCUGUCUUUUAUCACAAGCUAAGGGACAUCUGUACAGUUUGUAUUCUGGUUGCUGAUUGGUUGAGCUCUCUAAACUCUUUAAAAACAUCUAACUUUCAGUGGUUUGCAGAGUAGUUUACAGUAAAAUAAUCACCAGUGAAUUAGCAGUUGUUGGUGGAGGGGAGAGCCACAAGAUUACUGGGUACCUCCAGAUACUUUACUGGGAAACAAACCUGAAACAGAACAUCAUCCUCCAAAAUUGCUCUUUAAAAAAGAAAAAUCAUAGAAGCCAAACAUCUGUUACUGUCAGCUUUCAAAUUUGCACAUUGAAUUUAUUAUCUCCAUGUUUUGCUGUUUGAAGAUGCUGUUCUGGGAGCUUGUGAUUGCUCUUUUUGUAGCAUUUAAAUCACUUUAAAAACUGUGUAAAG